AUGAAGAUUGUAUUCGCUCUUUUUGUCUUGAUGACAAUUGCUCUUUCAAAUGCUCACUACAUUUGUGGUCCAAAUUUUUGUAAUCCAAAUUACAGUUGUGUUUUUGAUGGACACAAUCACGGAUGUAUCUACGGAUGUGGUGAAAUGGUCACUCUCACCCAACGUGUUGUCAAUGAAUGGAAUGUAGACUCCCAACACUUUGUUCAAGUUCAAGUUUCAAUCACCAACCAUGGUCCACACAAUGUCAACAAUGUCAUUAUUGGUGCUGCUGAUGGUACUUUGAAUUUAAGAGAUCAAACCAGUGGUUCAAUCUGGAACAUCCAAUGUCUCAGUUCGAAUGACUUCACUCUCCCAUCUGCAACUCCAACCAUCAAUGUUGGACAAACCUUCAAUUUCGGUUACAUCAACAAGAAUUGCAUGGCAAACCUCUACAUUAAGAACAUACAUUUGAUCUAG